AUGGGGAUGGUCGAUUUUUACAUUGUUCUUCAUAUAUGCACAACAUGCGAUGAUUCAAAUACUUAUGUCACCAAGGACUCUACUGAAUUAGUAGCAUUGUCUUGGUCAACUAUAGAUGUUACGACGUUAGAAGUUGUAUUUGAAAAAACGAUUUUAGUUCGUCCAACAAAUACUCCUAUCACACCAUUUUGUACUCAGCAAAACAAGUUGAGUUGGGAACAUGUUCGUAACGCAGGGUCUUUUAAAGAUGCCAUAUCUGAAUAUGACAUAUAUGUAAACAAAGAGUUAAAGGAUAAGGAAUUUUUGAUAAUUAGUAAUGACAGUUCAUUAUUAAGAGUUCAAUUACCACGGGAAGCAAGGGAUAAAGGUGUCGUAUUACCACCAUACCUACAACAUCCAAAAUUGUUCGAUUUAUGUGCAGAAUAUUCUAAGUGGCAUGCUAGUCAUCCAGAGGCUUUAUCAUAUACAGCAUCAUCAAUUUCUAAUAUGGUCACAGCUUUGGAAGUUGAAAGGGAUGAAGUAGAUAAUUUAACACCAGAAAAAUCUUUACAACUAUACACUAAAUUAGUCGUUCAAUUGAUCAAAAAAUCGUUACCGAUUGAGUCACAUUCUAACGUUUUCACUCAACCACAAGAUAUUGCUGAGGAUGUUAAAGCAUUUGUUGCCGAAAGAUCAAAAAUUUUGUAUCUUUCAAAUUUACCUAUCGAUACCACUCAGUCAGAAUUAGAAUAUUGGUUCACUCAAUAUGGAGGAAGACCAGUUGCAUUUUGGACUUUGAAAAAUAAUGAUAGCAAAAGUACUAAUGGAUUUGCUGUAUUUGGAACUCAUGAAGAAGCUACAGAAUCUUUAUCAAUGAAUGGUAAAGCAUUGAACAAUAGAGCUGUCGAAGUCCAACCAUCAUCGACAAAAGUUUUAGAUAAAGCUAGUGAUUUAUUGACACCAUUUCCUCCAUCCAAAAAUAGACCAAGACCGGGUGAUUGGACAUGUCCUUCUUGUGGCUUUUCAAACUUUCAGAGAAGAACUCAUUGUUUCAGGUGUUCAUUUCCGGCCUCUAGUGCUGCUGCUAUACAAGAGUCGAUCUAUUCAAAUGGUAGAAGAAUGGAUUCAACAUCUAAGCAACAACAGCAAACCCAACAACCACCUCAACAACAGCAACAAGUAAUUCAACCACAACAACAGCAACAACAACAAAUUCAACCACAACUCCAGCAAAAUUCAAUUCGUUCUUCCUUGCAGCAACAACAACAAUAUUCUCAACACUCCCAACCUCAAACGCAUAUUCAAACUCAGACUCAAUCUCAACCUCAAUCUAAUUCUCAACCACACCAACUGCAACAGGAACGAAAUUUUAAUGGAGUACCAUUCAGAGCCGGAGAUUGGAAAUGUGAACUUUGCAUGUACCACAAUUUUGCUAAAAAUUUAUGUUGUUUGAAAUGUAGCGCGUCAAAACCGUUGGUAAACUAUAAUCAAGCUAACAAUUUACAUGCAGUAAAUUCAACAGCUGCUGCGAUUGCUGCUGCAACGGCAAGUGGCCAACCUUUGAAUUUGAGUAAUAAUUUUUUAAAUCUCCAACAGCAACUGCCUCAAUUUCAACAACAAAGACAGAGAAAUUUGAAUGUGUACAGAAAUUCAAGUACUCCUAAUGUCUAUCAAUCACAACAAAACCAACAACACCCUCAAUAUAACCAGCAGCAACAACAACACCAAUUACAGACAGGUCACCCUCAAGUUUUCCAACAAGUACAGCAGCAACAACAACAAAAGUCGUAUCCACAGCAGCAUCAACAAUUGCAAUCCCAAUUGUAUCAAUCACCAUUAAGUCAAAUGAAUAAUUUUCAAAAUGGUAACGCAUCAAUCCAAUUUUUGGAUCAAAUUAGAUAUCAAAGCCAUUCACCGGCAAUUUACAAUCAAAAAGUUUCUUUGAGAGACAAAAUGAAUUCAUCAAAUCUUAAUUUUUAA